AUGCUUUUUUUCCCUACUUGCUGUCAGGACAAUGUCUUUAGAAUUAUGGGCACAUGUUUGCAGAAAUUCAGCUAUUAUUAUCUCUAUGAUUUAAGAUCCUUUAACAUUUUCUUUAUUCAAGUCCACAGUUCUGAGGAUCUACCCUGGUCAGAUAUCUGCUUCAGGCGAGGCUUCUGCAGUGAAUGUAAACAGAACUUUCAAUCUGGAGGGCUUGUUCAGGACCCUACCCCUGUCUCCCUCCUGUCUUCACUUUCAAGAAUCUCUCCUCAAGAGACAAGCACCUCAGUUCCCCACAUGUGA